AAAGAAACAAUAGUUUAGUUUCUCUCUCUCUCUCUCUCAGUUUCUUUCCUCGUCUGUCUCUCAUUUACAUUUACAGUAGAAUCUUUCUGUGUUUUGUGUCUCUCUCAUCAUCAUCUUAGUCAGGAUGUAAUAAUCCACACGGAUAUAAGUUAGAGAGAAGCUGUUACAACACUAACCUCUUUUUCUGUCUCUCUCUGUUACUCAGACUUUCUCACGCCUCCACAUUUCUUCCAUGCCUUUCAUUAGCCAGUUGGUUGCUCACAACUGACACAGAGGAGUGAGGAAGUAAAGACAAGUAAAAAGUAGUUUGUCUAUUCUGGAGCUAAACAUUUUCAGGUAUGGAAGGCUGCAGAGACUGGGUGCAUUGUGUACAAUUUGUCUUCUACAUUCCCGUCCUCGUCGCUGGUUUUCCUUUAAACAUGGCCGCCCUGUGGCAGCUCUUCUUCCGCGUUCGUCAGUGGAGUGAAUCCACCAUUUACCUGCUGAACCUCGUCAUUAAUGACUGCCUGCUUCUUCUUGCGCUCCCUUUUAAAAUCAUGGCUUACAGCGAGCCAUGGAAACUCGGAAGCUUUUCCUGCUCGCUGUUCGAGAGUUUUGUCUACGUCAACAUGUAUGGCAGCAUCCUGCUGAGCGUGUGCAUCUCUGUGGAUCGCUAUGUUGCUCUACACUUUCCCUUCCGCCAACUGCGAUCCAAAAGGAAGGCUGUGUCCAUCUGUGCAAUUGUGUGGACAUUAGUGUUUGGAUUUAGCUACCCAGUUUACGAUUUUCAUCCAGGCAGCAGUAACGAGUCCUUCUGUUUCCAGAACUUUUCCAGUCAGACAUGGGGUAAACAUUGGAUUAUAGUGUGUGUGGAGUGUGUGUUUUGGGGCAGUGCCGUUGUCAUGGUGUUGUGCUCGGUGAAUGUCGUUAAAAUCCUGCAUGAUUUACGCAAACGGAACCCUAAUGAUGCUAAACUGCGAAACAACAAGAGUGUAAAGAUUGUGCUCAGCAACCUGGUGGUGUUCCUUUUGUGUUUUAUUCCCUAUCACAUCACUGUGCUUCUUUAUUUCUACAUUAAACAGAAAAGAAUCAGUACAGAUUACAGUAAACUGCGUGAAUUUGUCCACGUCAGUCUGUGUGUGAGCAGCGUGAACUGCUUCGCUGAUGCAGCCUGUUAUUAUUUCAUAUUGAAAGAAAACCUGCAGACCGCACAGCAGGACACCAGAGUUAAUGCUCACAGCAUGCACAGUGACACACACUAGGAGGUGCAGAUAUUUGAAGGAGAAAAACACAGACAUAAAACCUGAAUCUGCUAAAAUGAGAGCGUUACAUAUGAAUGCAUGCUUUUAUUUUACUGACACAUUUUACACCAGGGGUUGUGGGCAUGGCCACAUACACUAACUGGCAUUAAUAAAUGAGAAACGUAAAUCUCAUACACACAAACAAGACGGUGACAACUACGGGCGGUUUGUCUUAUUCAGCUAUGAUGGUCAAUGAGUUUUAGAUUCAGAAUCUGUCCAAUAGGAGAUUUAGACACACUUAGAUUAGAUUUAGACACAACAGGCGCUGAAAUUAGACAUUGUUGUAUAAAAAGCAGGAAAAAUUAGAGGGAGGUUUAGCCAGAGAAAAUCUGCAAAGAGUCAAAUAAACUUUCUGGAACAAAUGAUCUUUCACUCAGUUUAUUGCCCCUUUUUUAGAUCAGAGCUCAGAGCUGACCAGCGAGUCCAAGCCAAACUGUAUUCUUUUAUUGUGGUUUCUUUGUUUCUGCAGUGAUGAGUGUAAGCUUGGAGUCAUUUAAAGCAAAGAGCUUGGGCUAUUAUCUGUGUGGAGUUUUACAUCUUGUCCAUGUUUUCUCCCAAACUUUUGCACUCAUGAGUUGGUUUGUGAACAGGAAGCUGUUUCUAGCUAGAAAUGUCAGACAGACAGACAGGCAGACACACAUGCAAACACAAACACACACACACACACACACACACAUUCCUGUCACACAGCAGUGCAGCUGCAGCUCUUUUGCGUUAACUGAAUAAAGACGUUGGGCUGGUAAACCACUUCCCGUUUGAAUGAAUGUAAACAGUUUUAUGUUUUAUGGUAUCUAAGUUCCGCUUUGAAAUUCAAAUCUCUUUUAACAAGGCUUUAAAAUGUGCACUGUAUGCUAAUAAUAAUAAUUGACAUAUUUUAUGAAAUCCAUUUUCUGUAAAUGUAUGUUUUUUUCUGUUUGUUUUUAAGAUGCAUGAGGAUGAUUUAAAUUAUAUAUAUUUUUUAUUCUGUUGUUUAUUAACAUCAAUAAACACA